AGUUCUCCUCUUAGCAGGCAGCCUGACACGCUCAGAAGAGUGGUGCUUUUCGGCUGCAGAAGCCCCCAAGGUGCCCCUCUGCCCUCUGCCAGGGGGCUUCCUCAGAUAAGCAGCCUGGGGUCUGCAGCCCAGGAGAGAUGGUCUCGGCGACUGUGGCAGUGGCACCCCUUGCCAAGAAUGUGGUGGUCUUUCGCAACGGGGACCCCUUUUUCCUUGGCCGGAAAUUUGUGGUGAGCCAGCGCCGGUUCCUGACCUUUGAUGCAUUUUUGAAUGAGGUGACCAGCACCAUCCAAGCCCCCGUGGCCAUUAGGAGCAUCUACACGCCCCGAGGGGGUCAUCGCGUCACGGAGCUGAGCGAACUGCAGAAUGGCUGCCGAUACGUGGCUGCAGGUUUCGAGCGGUUCAAAAGGCUCGACUAUCCAAAUGCUGGGAUGAAGCAGCUGAACAAGCACCAGAAAAAAAAUGGAGCCCAGAAUUAUCCAGGUAUUCCUCAGAAGGUGAUGGUCACGGCAGGAUGGAAGCGGCAGACAAACCUUCCUUGUGUUAUCCAUGUUUUCCGCAACGGAGACUUGCUGAGCCCCCCCCUCCGAAUGGUGCUGGCCAGGGGCGCCCUGCAGGAAUGGGGCACCGUCCUUGGCCGCUUGUCAGAAAAGGCCAACCUGUGCACGGGACCGGUGAAAAAGCUCUGCAAGCUGAACGGUGACCUCAUCUCCCAGGGCGAGGAGCUGGUGAACGGCGAAUACUAUGUGGCUGUGGGGCUGGAGAAGUACAAAGAUUUGCCUUACUUUGAACUACUGGUGCCUCCCAAAAUCCCUCUCCGUCCCUUUUGGAACUUCCCUACUAACAGAAGAAGGAACUACAAUCGGGGGGUGGCCUCUGAAGACAGAGCCAGCGACUCGGCACUCCUUGAGCCAAUGCAACAGAUGAAACUUUGGCGGGUGCAUUCCACAGGGAUUGUGCCUGCAGGAGACCCUCCCCGUCCCUCCGAGUCCAAGCCAGCCAAGAAAUACCCUCACCAAGACAAAGCGACAUCCGUCUUCCACGCCAAGCCAGGCCAGGUUGGACAAGAGCGCCAGGUCCCUGGCAACUAUUUCACCCGAGAAGACGAAAGCGUUUAUAAAAGGAGAGGGGCAAGGCAGGAGAUGGCGGAUGCGCAGGAAAUAGGAGAAGACGAAGACACGCAGGUUGAGUUGCCGGUGGACCAGAAAACUGCAGAGAUUGUGGAAGAGGAAGUUAUAUCAAAGACCAAAGGAGGGCCAUCCAAGAAGUGCUUGUAAGUGAGACAGAAGCUUCAUUUGAAACUCCUGGAUCGAAGAAAUGAUUCAAAUGAAACAGGCCCAGCAAGCUUUGCCGGAGGGAAUGUCUUGAACCAAACGUACGGUAGUUUUGUGCAAUUUUUGUCUACAGAAUUUGUUCUUGCAAUAAAUGUAGAAUCUCUCUGAUUUGAAA